AGGGAUAAAGCACGAGAGAGAGAGAGAGAGAGAGAGAGAGAGAGAGAGAGAGAGAGAGAUCCAGAGGAAGAGAGGGGGGCUUCCAGACUGGAUGGGCCCAGCGGUGCCUUGAUGGAGCAUGGGCCAGGUUCUAGGAUUCUCCCGCUGCAAGGAAUAUGGUUCUGUCUCCUCCACACCUGAUUCAACAUCUCCCUGCACUGAAGGUGGGAAUGAGGAGUCUGAGCUGUACGACCUGCAGACGGCCAGGGAGUGGUCUGACGAAGAAGAUGGGGGUCCGGAGGAUGAUGACGGUGGAGCUUCAUCCCCCUCCAUUUGGGGGACCCCGAGACAGAACUCCUUCGAGCCCACCUUCUCCUACAUCGCCAUCGCCGAGGCCGAGGCAGGCGGAUCCUCACGACAUCAUCGUGACUCAUCGUCAGGGAGCCGGCGGAGGAGCGGGGCCAGGGGAGGCCGCACCUCCCUGAGCCGCACGGACACCGUGGAAAUGCUCCUCCCCCUGGACUCCCCCGACGUGGAGUGGGACCCCCACGCCUUCCUCGCCCGAGAGGAGGAGGAGGAGAGGGAGCAGGAGGAAAGGGAUAGGGAGGUCCACAGACAGACUGAGACAGUCCAUGCAUCUCUCCUAGAUACUGAGAUUGAACCUCAGGAGAGGGACACAGAGACCCAGAGAAGGGAGACAGAGCCCCUGGAGCCCCGGCACUACAGUCCCUCAGAGAGCCCACAGGCGGCAUCACCGCCCCCUGAACCUGAGUCUCUUGUAACCAUGGAAACCCAGGUCACAACGCUCACGGCCGCGCGACCAAGAGGCGGCCUCACCGAUGACGUGCCAUCCGCUUCCUCCACCUCCAUUGGUCGAAACACUCAGGAAGAGCUGGUCAGCGAACAGUGGUUUUCAGCAUUCAGCCUAUCAGGCCCCGCGUUAUGCAUCCACGUAGCAGUGAUGGAUCUGAUCUACUGGAAGGACACAGAGCGUACAGGCAUGGUAUUCACAGGGCUGGUGGUUGGCCUGCUGUCCUUGUUCCAGCUCAGCAUCAUCACAGUCAUCUCCACCAUCUCCCUGGGCGUCCUGUGCUUCACCGUCUCAGUCAGCCUCUACUAUAAAAUCCUGCAAGUGCUCAACAUGGGAGACGGAGUGCACCCUUUCAAGGCGUAUCUGGACCUGGACAUCAGUUUCAGUGGGGAGCUGGCGGACCAAUACACGCAGAAGACCAUCGUCACAGUCGUCUCUGCUGCUAACUCACUCAAGAAUCUCUUCCUGGUUGGAAACCUCUUUGACUCUCUCAAGCUCCUGGCUCUGAUGUACCUGGUGACUUUCCUGGGAGUCCUGUGUAACGGCCUUACAGUGCUCAUCAUUGCUGUGAUCACUCUCUUCUCUCUACCACUGUUCUACAGGCAGCACCAGGCAAAAGUGGACGGCUUCUUUGCAGGAAUUCAGGCAAAGAUUGACAACGUCAAGGACAUUCUCCACAGAAUUGCCCAAGGUGGUGGUCCCACCCCUGACCCAACCCCUGGCGGUGCGAAGCCCAAAACACAAUGAGGAGUAACGGCGGACAGGAGAGGAGGAUGAGGAGCAGAGAAGAGGAGGAGUUACAGGCUGUCACUCAGAUGUCUUACUCGGCAGUCUGCUCAGAGCUCCAGAAGGCGGAGCUUCUGAGAUUGGGCAGGUUGUGUGGGGAGUCGAAGCAUGGGGUUGGGACACGAUGAUACUGUUAUGGUGGGAUAGGGUAGGUUGCUACUGGGUCAGGAUGAGGGAACGGAAGUGAUAUCUGGACGAGAGUUGUUGCUGUUUCAAAGGGAGAUUUAAGGCAUGGCCUACAUGGGGGAUUGUGGCUUGAAUGGUACAGACAGCUGCAGUCCAGUAAAA